ACAAAGCUUCCCGGGUUUUGCAGCGGCUGCCGACGCUGCUGCAGAAAUCAUGGCGGCCGCGGUGGGUGGAGAGGCAGCGGGAGGCGUUUCCUUCCCCUGUCGGGCCUUGCGGAGCCAGUAGCCCCGGCGCUCCCUGUAGACUUUUCCCGCCGGCGAACAGAGCGAGGAGGCGCCGGGCCUCUUUUGUGUGUCUUGUCGGGCAGGCGGGUGGGCCCUUCGCUCGGGGCCGCCGCGUGGCGUUACUCCUUCCGCUCCCGGCUCCUCCUAGCAGCUCGUGGUCGCCAUUACAGCCGAAGCUGCUCUUGAGAGCCGCCAUUUUUAGUCGCGUUGCUCUCCAAGGCAGGUCAAGAUUAUGCAACAAGAGGCAAUUUUCCUUCGCUCCCCGGGCGACCUCUUUAUUGGGGGCUCACUGAUCUUUGAUCCCGCCCAGAACGUUUAAGGUUUGCUUGGCGAAGCUAUAUAAUAUUGGUUGUAUUUGCAAGGCUAAAAAUAAUGGAGACUGAACAGCAAGAAGAGACCUUCACUAAUACAGAAACUAAUGGCAAACGUCCAGCUGAAGAUAUUGAAGAGGAACAGGCCUUCAAAAGAUCAAGGAACACGGAUGAGAUGGUGGAACUACGCAUUCUGCUUCAGAGCAAAAAUGCUGGAGCAGUGAUUGGCAAAGGUGGCAAAAAUAUUAAGGCACUUCGUACAGACUACAAUGCCAGUGUUUCAGUCCCAGACAGCAGUGGCCCCGAGCGCAUACUGAGUAUAAGUGCAGAUAUCGAAACAAUCGGAGAAAUCUUGAAGAAAAUUAUCCCUACUUUGGAAGAGUAUCAGCAUUACAAGGGAAGUGACUUCGACUGUGAGUUAAGGCUGUUGAUUCACCAGAGUUUGGCUGGAGGAAUUAUUGGUGUCAAGGGUGCUAAAAUCAAAGAACUCAGAGAGAACACUCAGACCACCAUUAAGCUUUUCCAAGAAUGCUGUCCUCAUUCUUCUGACAGAGUGGUGCUAAUUGGUGGAAAGCCUGAUAGAGUUGUGGAAUGCAUCAAAAUAAUACUGGAUCUUAUAUCAGAGUCACCAAUCAAAGGACGUGCACAGCCUUAUGAUCCAAACUUUUAUGAUGAAACGUACGACUAUGGUGGAUUUACAAUGAUGUUUGAUGACAGAAGGGGGCGUCCUGUGGGAUUUCCAAUGCGUGGCAGAGGAGGCUUUGAUCGAAUGCCUCCAGGUCGUGGUCGUCCAAUGCCUCCACGAAGAGAUUAUGAUGAUAUGAGCCCUCGCAGAGGACCUCCUCCCCCUCCUCCAGGCCGUGGUGGUAGAGGUGGCAGCAGAGCUCGUAAUCUUCCUCUUCCUCCCCCUCCUCCUCCCAGAGGCGGGGACCUUAUGUCUUAUGACCGAAGGGGCAGACCUGGUGAUCGCUACGAUGGAAUGAUGAUGCAAUGUCAUGUCAAUGCUUGCGAUGACAUAGAAACGCCAGAAAUGUUCGAGGGUGGAUCAGGAUAUGACUAUUCUUAUGCAGGGGGUCGUGGCUCUUACGGUGAUCUUGGUGGACCCAUAAUUACAACACAAGUAACAAUACCCAAAGAUCUGGCUGGUUCCAUUAUUGGAAAAGGAGGCCAGAGGAUCAAACAGAUACGCCAUGAAUCAGGAGCUUCAAUCAAAAUUGAUGAACCCUUAGAGGGCUCAGAAGAUCGGAUAAUAACUAUCACAGGCACACAGGACCAGAUUCAAAAUGCACAGUAUUUACUGCAAAACAGUGUGAAGCAGUAUGCAGAUGUUGAAGGAUUCUAAUGCAAGAUAUUUUUUCUUUUUUAUAGUGUGAAGCAGUAUUCUGGAAAGUUUUUCUAAGACUAGUGAAGAACUGAAGGAGUCCUGCAUCUUUUUUUUUUCUUAAAUCUGCUUCUGUUUAAAAAGCCAACAUUCCUCUGCUUCAUAGGUGUUCUGCAUUUGAGGUGUAGUGAAUUUUUUUUGCUGUCACCAGAUGUAAUGUUUUUAGUUCUCUACAUAUAGGUGGGUGGGAGUGGGGUGGCUUGCAAAACUAACAUUGGUAUUUUGAAACAGCAGCAGAGAAGGUGGAUUUUAUUUUUGUUCUAUGUUGGUUGUAAACUGUAAUGUUUUUUCUGUCACUUGUGAACCAUCUGCUUUAUACCUUUUUUUGUUUUGAAGAGGGAGAAGAGUACUGGUAGUUCACUUACCUAUCCCUGGCAUCCAUUCAAAGCAGUGUGCAGAAUGUAAUGCUCUUUUGUAAGAUGUUUUAUGAUUUUAAAAAUAAAUUUAGUGAACCAA